AUGAUCAGUAGCUUCCAAGGGCAGAGCGGCCCUCCUGCCCGCCUUCACCCCUCGGAACCAUUACUUCACGACGCCAUACGAACUCGAUUCUGUGUUCGAACCCAACAACGCACUUCCCCCGCACCCUCAUCCCGCACCUUCGGGCCCCCAUUCCAAAUCGCACCGAACCUGGGACGCAGCUGGCAGCGUUAUCUCUCCGCCCAGCUACGUUGGUUUCAGGCCACGCACCAAGACGCCUUUGUGCCCCGACGCCUGGUUUCGAAGCUGCUCCAAGAGGACGCGGUGGCCAACGCGGAUCGGGGGAAGGUAUCCAAAAGAAAGUAUAAAAGUACAUCCAUUGCAAAGGAUGCCGCUGCCGGAUAUCCGUCGUACGAAACGCUGGCGGCGAUGUUGCGGGGGAAUCGGCUGGCGGCAGUGCCGCUGCCGGGGGGCGUUACGGCGGUUUUUUCGGCGACGGGACAGAUUGGUGAGGUGCUGACGUUGACUUUGUUGAGGCCCCGGAAGUCCCGGGAAGGGCGCGCGAAUGCUGGUGCUGCUGCUGCGGCGGCGGCGGCGGCAGCAGCUGCAAACGACGGCGGCCCUGCCGCAGCCGCAUCCGCCGCUGCCACGGCCGGCGGCGGGAUUGGCCGCGGCGGGGGCGGCUGCGGCGGGGUCGAUAUGAAUGAGGAGUGCUUGCAGGCCCUCCCAGCCGCGCACCUGUCCGUCAACAAGACGAUCUGGGAAAUUGCCGUGAAGGAGCAUCGUACAUCCGUACCGCCGCUAGUGGCUUCUGCCGCCGCUGCCGGUGCCGUACUCCGACCAGGGUCUUGGAACCUCGCCGACGUGACGGAGGCGGCAGCAGCUGAUGGCGAUGGGCAGCCAGCGUCAUCAUCAGCGUCGUUGACUUGUCGUACAUCGGCUGUUUGGGUGGCGGUGCGGUGUAACUACUGCAUUAACGUGGUUUUGGCUUACCAGGUGGAUCCUGGAGACUGGCGCAGUUGGCGCCUCGAGUGGCGGGCGACACACGUGACGCAGGCGCUGACGUCAGCAGUUGUCUGGAAUGCUCAUUUACCGGAAUUAGCGUUCAUGCUGGCGGACGGAUCCACCUGGAUCGCCGCCACGCACGCCGCCGCCGGCGGCGUGGCGGCGGCGCUGCGCCGCCUUGCCGUACGCCCCGUAUUGCGACCGAUGACGCCGGCGGUACGGUCGGGGCCAGGCGUUGUGCCGCCGCCGCCGGUGGCGGAUACGGCGGCGGGGCAGGCGCUCGGGUUGCUGCCGGGGACGGGACGGCUGAGCUUGUCGUACGGGGCUCACCCGCGGGCUCUGUUUGUGGCUCGUGGCCGGUGCCUACUCAGGGUGGACCUCAGACCGCCAGGACAACGACACGGAUGCAGCCUAUUGCACUACCUGGGUAAGCGCGAGGGCAACUUUUGGGGCCUUACAACCGGCGCCUCACUGCAUAAAUUGCAGCUCUCCGCUUGUCCCCACCUGCUGCUCCAUUUGGUGGUGGUGGUUUCGGAGCGAGAUGUACACAUCAUGGAUACUCGCCGGGACGGAGCCCCCACACUCCUGACGUGCCCCCACGGCCUGCCCCGGGGUCAGCUGCCGACUGUCAUGUCGAUGUGGGCGGGGGUCUGGACGGGAAACACAGUCACAACAAAAGAUACAGCUGCUGCCGCCGCCGCAGGAGGCGGCGCUGCCGCCGGCAGCGGCAGCGGCAGCCGUUCUCAGAACAAAAGCGCCGCCGAGCGGUCAUCUUCACAAUCACAGCGAAAAGACUUCCGCAAGAGCCAGAAGGCAAAUUUUAACCCGUACGACCCGUACGGCAAUUAUGGCGGUAGCGGCAAGAACAGGCAGUACGACAAGCCAUAUGGCGGCAGUCAGAAGGGGAGCCAGCAGCCGCUGGGCAGUCAGGCGUAUUCGAAUGGUGGAGGUGGAGGUGGAGGUGAUGGUGGUUUCGGAGGGUCGCAGCAGCCGCAGCCGGGAACCCAAUUCGCAGUUCGGCAAAGCCAGGUUCCGGAACCCUUCGCCGGUCUGUGGGGGUUUCCCCCACCAGUACCACCAUCAUCAGCACAACAACAACAACAACAACAACAGGAACAAGAACAGCAAUGCCACCAGCAUCAACAGCAUUCGCAGCAUGGCCAGGAUCAGCGGCAGGCGGGGGGCCCAGGGGGGUCUGGAAGUGGAUUGGCGCCCGGCAUCGGCAGUGGCGGCGGUGGCGGCGGCGAUGGCGGCAAGGACGCACUUAUGACCCGCGGGUCGUUCGUGCAUGUGGUCUUGGUGCUGGCAAACGACCGCGUGGGAGACGUUCAGUGCUUGGAAAUCCUCCUGGAAGCUCCGACGAUGGGGUUACGGGUCGAAACACCGGAGCUGUCAACCGACGAGCUCAGCCUCGAUGACCUCCGUCGUGCACGUCUGCCGUACAUUGAGCUGGUGCAGAUGCCAGCACAAGAGUACACCAUCGCCGGCGUUGCACCGACGCCCUUACCGCCGAUAUCGCAAGGCAGCGGCAUCGGCGGCGGCGUUAACAGCGGCGGCGACGGCAACAGCUCCGCUGCCGCCCCUGCUACAGCAAUCCACGGUUCUAACCGCCAACCGUCGGCAGCAGCAGCGGCGGCGGCGGCGGCGGCCAACACGCUGCCCUCACUCGCGGGUGCUGUGUGGCGGCCAACCUGUCUGGGGCACAUUCACAUGCUGGGCCUGCCUUACCCGCCGUGUAAAUCUGUACGGCAGGAGCUCGGGCAGCGGCUGGUGACGGCAAUCCUCGGCGCCCGCAGCCAGGCGUACGGCACAGUGUGUGUGGGCGACCCGCACGCGGGCCACCAGGGCGACCCGUCGAUGCUGGCCGCGGAGUUCGCGAAUGCGGGUCGCACGUGCGACGACCUCUCGGACCUCUCCGCGCGCCUAACGCCCGCCAGCUACGAGCCCCUUCUUCGGGCCUAUCGUACAGUCACCGAUGCGCAAUGUGCCGUCGAGCACCUGCCGGCCGCCGGCAAUCUGUCGCAAUUUCCCCGCUACCAGAGGAACAGCACGAAAAGUACCAUCUCUCUAACCGUACAUCACCAACACAUGACGAGCUUGUUGCAAUGGGCGACGACGGCGACAGCAACAGCAGCGGGAACGGCGCCGGCGGCGAUGGCGGAGGCGAAGGCGGUCGUUAGAGCAGGAGGAGCAGGAGGAGGAAGAGGAGAUGGUUGUGGUGGUGAGGAGAGGGAGGAGGAGGAGGAGGAAGGGGAGGAGCCCCGGCGGAAGCGGCCGCGGCGGCAGUUUGAGCGGGAGGCGGAGGCGGGGGAGCCCGGGGAUGUCCCUGAGGGCGGCAGCGGCAGCGGCGCGGAGGACACGCAGGAGGCGCCGCCGCGGGAGCCCCCGACAGCAGCGGCCGCUGCUGGCAACGCGGCGGCGGCAGCAAAGCCGGGACACUUAGGCGUCAAUCGAUACGACAUUUUGGGUACGGCUGUCGUACAUCCGUUACGGCCAAAAGCAAUGCCUGACUCUGUCUGGGCACUGCUGCGGGCGGCGGAAGUACCUGUCGUACCGGCGGAGCCCGUCGUUGGAGCGGAAAUGGACGGUCCGCAGCAGCGAGAUGUACGGCAGGGGGGCCCCUCGGGUACGGCGUCGGAGAGGAGGGGACGCAGCGGCGAUGGCGACCAUGCUGCCACUUCAGACGACAUGGACGAGCAGAUGGAUGGACGAGCGGGUGGUUUGGACGAGCACGACGAGGAGCGGCGGCGAGAGGGCCCUAUGGGGGUGGAGGAAGCGAAAGAGAGCUCGGGCACCGGUACGGACUCGCCGAUGGAAACUGACUCAUCCGACUCGUCCAAAUCGUCCAAAUCGUCCGAGGAGGACAAGGAUGCUGAUGCUCAUAUUACUACCACCGCUACUGCCGCUACUGCAGCAGCAAAAGCUACUGGUACUGCGGCAGCUGCUACAACUCCUCCGGAAGGGGGAUCCCAGAGGCAGGAGGAGCUGGAAUCUGGAGGCCGCGGCGGCGGAAACCCGGCGGCAGCGGGCCCGUCGCCGGAGAUGUCGUACGCUGCUCACGUAAUUCGUGAUGCUGUACGACAACGUCUCAUGGUCAGUAAUAAGUGCGUCGGAUGA